GGCCUGUCUCUUUCAGCUUCCCCCUCGAUCCGCAAGCCGUUGCAGCGUCCUUGGUGACCACUCCUGUGUUUCGGAAGUUAGUUUCCUUCGCCUGCAAGAGUGGAAACCGCCAGGCAGCCACAAUGUCCCAUGCUAAGCAGACCCGUGUGCUCCUUCUCAACGACAUGGAAAAGCUGGACAAGACCCUCUUCCGGCUGGAACAAGGUUUUGAGCUGCAGUUCCGACUGGGCCCUACUUUGCAAGGCAAACAUGUGACAGUAUACACCAACUAUCCAGCUUCUGGAGAAGCGUUUGAUCGUCACAAAUUCAGAUCCCUGUCAUGGCACAACCCAACAGGAAAAGAAGAUGAUUCUGACAAAUACUGUAAACUAGACCUCCAAAUUUCCGGAUCGUACAAGUAUUAUUUCUGUCAUGAAGGUCAGAAAAGUGGUGGAGGCUACAUAGUUGUGGAUCCUAUUUUACGUGUUGGUGCUGACAAUCAUGAAUUGCCUUUGGAUUGUAUUACACUCCAGACAUUCCUAGCAAAGUGUCUGGGACCAUUUGAUGGAUGGGAAGAUCGUCUGAGAGUCGCAAAAGAAUCUGGUUAUAACAUGGUUCACUUGACACCAGUACAGAAACUUGGGCUAUCUAGAUCGUGCUAUUCAUUGGCUGACCAGCUGGAAGUAAAUCCUGAUUUUUCAACACCUAACAAAAAGUGUUCCUGGAAUGAAAUCGGAAAACUAGUAGAAAAAAUGAAAAAUGAAUGGAAUAUGCUUUGUAUUACAGAUGUAGUCUAUAAUCACACUGCGGCAAAUAGCGAGUGGAUAACUCAACAUCCAGAAUGUGCAUACAAUCUUGUUAAUUCUCCUCACUUGAAACCAGCCUGGCUUUUGGACAGAGCCCUUUGUCAUUUAACCUGUAAAAUAGCUGGUGGCAAAUGCAGUGAUAAAGGGGUGCCUCCGCUGAUUGAAAAUGAGCAUCACUUGAAUUGUUUAAGAAAAGUUAUUUAUGAGGAUAUUUAUCCCAAGACAAGAUUAUGGGAAUUCUUCCAAGUAGAUGUUAACAAAGCAGUGCAACAAUUCAAAACACUUUUAACUCAAGGUGGUUCAAAAGUUAAAACUGAUCCCAGUCAGCAUCUUGCAAUCAUUCAGAAUCCUGAAUUUAAGAGAUUUGGCUGUACUGUAGAUAUGAAUAUUGCACUGAAUACCUUCAUACCACAUAGCAAUGGGCCUGCUGCAAUAGAAGAGUGUUGUAACUGGUUCCGCAAGCGCAUUGAGGAACUAAAUGGUGAACAGUACCGGCAAACAAAUUACCACCAAGAGCAGGCAGUCAAUUGCAUCUUGUCAACAGUGAACUAUGAACGACUGGCUGGUCAUGGUCCCAAGCUAGGUGCUGUAACUAGGAAGUAUCCGUUAGUAACAAGGUACUUUACUUACCCAUUUAAAGAGUUAACCCUGGAAGAAGAAGAAAUUAUGAUGCAUCAGCCUGAUAAAGCAAGUUAUUUCAUGGCCCAUAAUGGCUGGGUGAUGGGAGAUGAUCCUCUGAGAAACUUUGCUGAACCAGGUUCAAAUGUCUACCUGAGAAGAGAGCUCAUUUGCUGGGGUGAUAGUGUCAAGUUGCGUUAUGGGAACAAGCCAGAAGACUGUCCAUAUCUCUGGGCUCACAUGAAGAAAUACACUGAAAUUACUGCCAAAUAUUUCCAUGGAGUACGCCUUGACAACUGUCACUCAACACCUCUUAAUGUGGCUGAGUAUAUGCUGGACACGGCUAGAAAAUUGCGGCCCAAUUUAUAUGUAGUGGCUGAACUGUUCACAGGAAGUGAGGAGCUGGAUAAUGUCUUUGUGAAUAAGCUGGGCAUUAGCUCUUUAAUAAGAGAGGCAAUGAGUGCAUACAACAGUCAUGAAGAAGGAAGAUUAGUUUACCGCUUUGGAGGAGAGCCAGUUGGGUCUUUUGUGCAGCCACGUUUGAGGCCUUUGAUGCCAGCCAUAGCUCAUGCACUGUUUAUGGAUAUUACUCAUGAUAAUGAAUGUCCAAUUCAGCAUCGAUCUGCUUAUGAUGCCCUUCCCAGCUCCAUGAUUGUUUCCAUGGCAUCCUGUGCUACAGGGAGCACUAGAGGCUAUGAUGAACUGGUGCCACAUCAGAUUUCUGUGGUUUCUGAAGAGCGAUUUUAUGCCAAGUGGAAUCCAGCAGCAGUGCCCUCGACAGCUGGGGAAGUUAAUUUUAAGACAGGGAUUAUAGCAGGAAGGCUGGCGAUCAACAGAUUGCACCAAGAGCUGGGAGCUAAAGGUUUUAUUCAGGUAUUUGUAGAUCAAGUUGAUGAGGAUAUUGUGGCUGUGACAAGACACUGCCCUAACACACACCAGUCUGUCGUAGCUGUUUCCCGGACAGCUUUCAGAAAUCCCAAAACUUCCUUUUAUAGCCAAGAAGUUCCCCAGAUGUGCAUUCCAGGCAGAAUUGAAGAGGUGGUUCUUGAAGCUAGAACUGUUGAAAGAAAUGCUGGCCCAUAUAAGAAAGAUGAGCACUCAAUCAAUGGAUUGCCUGAUUAUACAGUAGAGCUUCGAGAACACAUCCAGCUCAAAGAAAGCAAAAUCAUAAAGCAAGCUUCAGUUACUACAAAAGGUCCCAACGAAUUUGUUCAAGAAAUAGAAUUUGAACAAUUAACUCCAGGCAGUGUGAUUAUAUUUAGAGUCAGUCUUGAUCCAAAGGCACAAGAGUCUGUGGGAGUACUACGCAGUCACCUGGUCCAGUUCAGUCCUCACUUUAAAUCAGGAAGUCUUCCAGAUGAUAAUUCAGAACCUAUACUCAAAACACCCUUCUCAGUCAUCGCAUCAAAAUUAACAUUGGCAGACCUGAAUCAAGUAUUAUAUCGGUGUGAUGCUGAAGAACAAGAGGACGGUGGGGGAUGCUAUGACAUACCAAACUGGACUCCCCUAAAAUAUGCAGGCCUCCAAGGAUUAAUGUCUGUGAUGGCUGACAUACGACCAAAGAAUGAUUUGGGACACCCUUUUUGUGGUAACUUGAGAUCUGGAGACUGGAUGAUUGACUAUGUCAGUGACCGGCUCAUUUCCCGGGCUGAACCCUGUGCUGAAGUUGGCAAGUGGUUGAAAGCAAUGUUUAUCUACUUGAAGCAAAUUCCUCGUUACCUCAUUCCGUGUUACUUUGAUGCCAUACUAGUUGGUGCAUAUACAACACUACUUGAUGUAGCUUGGAAGCAGAUGUCAAGCUUUGUUCAGAAUGGAUCAACCUUUGUUAAACAUCUUUCCUUGGGUUCAGUCCAGAUGUGUGGAAUAGGAAAAUAUCCUUCUUUGCCACCUCUGUCUCCUGCCAUUCAAGAUGUUCCCUACAGGCUGAAUGAAAUUACAAAAGAAAGAGAACAAUGCUGUGUUUCUUUAGCAGCUGGUUUGCCUCAUUUUUCAUCUGGCAUUUUUCGCUGCUGGGGAAGGGACACGUUCAUUGCCCUGAGAGGUCUGAUGUUGGUCACUGGACGGCAUUUAGAAGCUAGGAACAUAAUUUUGGCAUUUGCUGGUACCCUGAGACAUGGCCUCAUUCCCAACUUGCUUGGUCAGGGCACUCAUGCAAGGUUUAACUGCCGUGACGCUGUGUGGUGGUGGCUUCAGUGUAUUCAGGAUUACUGCAAAAUUGUUCCAAAUGGUACAGAGAUUCUCAAGUGUCCUGUAUCCAGGAUGUAUCCUACAGAUGACUCUCCUCCUCAGCCAGCAGGCAGACACGAUCAGCCUCUAUAUGAUGUGAUACAGGAAGCUAUGCAGAGACACAUGCAAGGCAUACAGUUCCGAGAGAGGAAUGCUGGCCCACAAAUAGAUAGAAACAUGAGAAAUGAAGGUUUUAAUGUGACUGCAGGUGCAGAUUUGGAGACUGGCUUUGUCUAUGGAGGGAACCGUUUCAAUUGUGGCACAUGGAUGGAUAAGAUGGGGGAGAGCGAUAGAGCUCGCAAUAAAGGAAUUCCAGCAACCCCAAGAGAUGGCUCUGCUGUGGAAAUUGUUGGCCUGUGCAAAUCAACAGUUCACUGGUUAAAUGAACUGUCAAAGAAAAAUAUAUUUCCUUAUUCUGGAGUUACUGUGAAAAGGCAUGGGACAGAGGAGACUGUUACAUAUGAUCAGUGGAACAGAAAAAUCCAAGCACACUUUGAAAAGCUGUUCUUUGUCUCUGAGAACCCAGCAGAUCGUAAUGAGAAGCAUCCCACUCUGGUUCAUAAACGAGGCAUUUAUAAAGACAGCUAUGGAGCAUCAAGCCCUUGGUGUGACUAUCAACUAAGGCCUAACUUCCCCAUUGCAAUGGUGGUGGCACCGGAAAUGUUUUCUCCUGAAAAAGCCUGGAAAGCUCUUGAAAUUGUAGAGCAAAAGUUACUCGGUCCGCUUGGCAUGAAGACGUUGGACCCAGAUGAUAUGGUUUACUGUGGUGUGUAUGACAAUGCCUUAGACAACGACAACUACAAUGUGGCUAAAGGAUUUAAUUACCAUCAAGGGCCUGAGUGGCUUUGGCCCAUUGGGUAUUUUCUUCGUGCCAAAUUAUACUUUGCCAAGUUAAUUGGUCCAGAGAUCUAUGCAAAGACUGUGUUUUUGGUUAAGAAUGUGCUUUCUCGGCACUACAUUCAUCUUGAGAGAUCUUCUUGGAAGGGGCUUCCUGAAUUGACAAAUGAAAAUGGGCAGUAUUGCUCCUUCAGCUGUGAAUCUCAGGCCUGGUCAAUCGCUGUCAUCCUUGAGGUUCUCUAUGACUUGUAGCAGUGGUGAUCUGCCUCAAUGAGUCUGUGUGCUUUGUUCUCAAUUUAAGUACCCUAGCUUGUCCUGUUGUAAAAUCCUGCUUUCCCACUGUUGCACUGUGAACUUCCCUGGUUUUAGAAAUGGUUUAUACCUGUUGUUCUGACACACUUGUUUGUGGAUGCUCAUUCUUUGGAAAUUUCACUAGAAUAUAUAUUUUAAACUACUACUGAGGACUAGAAGCUGAUAAACUAAAAGCACCUUCACUGAGAAUGUAGUCAAAUAUAUCAAUAAUAAAUAUGUGAAUUAACUGAAUACUGGAGCAGGCUUUAAAGUGUAAGACCUUUCUGUUGCAGCAGGAUUUCCUUUUCAAGACCCUAAUUUUUUAGUAUUUCAGAUUAAGUUUGCAGUGCCUUCUGGAUCCCAGGACUAAACCUGCAUCUUUAAAGCAAGCCGAAGGAAUACUGAGAGCCCCACUGGAUGUGUCUGAGUUAAGGAGCAAAAGAGGGCAUGCAAGUGAGGAGCAUAGAACUCUUAUUGAAACCAGCUGCAUAUCUUCUUUCACUUCCCCAGACAGUUUUCCCCACCUCAUUUACAGAAUUGAAGACUGGCUGAGUGAUGGAAGGAGUUGAACUGUGAACAGGCAGCAGAGUCUGCUUUCCUUGCUAAUGUAUGUUCUAUUUGCUUUUUAAAUUGGUCUCUCAAACCCCUCCACUUUCCACAUGAUCUCAGCAAGAUUCAGAUUUAAAUGCAUAGCUCUGCACUGUACUAUCUGGGUCAGGGAUCCCUAGCAUGGUGACCAGGAGUGCCAUGGCACCUACUGACACCUUUUUCUGGAUCUGGCCAAAAGUUUUUACAAAGGAGUUGGGGCUUUUGUCCAGCGAGACCUUUCAUAGGCCAUUGGAGAUCUGAUUGGCUGUGAAGAUUUUUUUUAAGUUGCUUCAACAACAGCUGUCACUAUAGCUCAGGGAUUGUGUUACUGAUGGUGUAUGCAAGACAAUACGUUAAACAAUAUGUUCAUUUUGAAAGCAUCCUGUUAAACAGAGCUGCCACCUGAAAUGUUGAAGAAUUACUAUUAGAGAUAUGAAUGAGCUCACUCCCUGACAUUCUGUGGUUGGCUCUGCCUUCUGUGGCAGCCAUUUUGUAUUUGUGCUUACUGCCCUGUGUCAGAAUUGCAGAGGUACCCCCAGGGUCACAAAAAGACUGGGGACCCCUAGUCUAAGUUGGUCCUGAGCAUUUUGUGUGGGGUUUCUUUUUGGCCUCAGAAGUGCAUCCCAGAAGCACUUCUCUUGCCAAGGUUUUUGCCCUUUUGUCUGCUAAGCAAGGGAGGGUCACAAAGGGACUAUAUAUUGCACUUCAGUUUUAACAGCAUUUUGUGCAAACUUUCUGAUCCCCUAGAACAAAUUAGCUGCUCACCAAAUUCCUAAGCAGGACACAUCAAAGGGCAGUCAUUUUCUGAGAGUCUUCUUGAAGUCUAGGUCAUAAAAGCAUUUUGUAAACAGACUUUUGUCUUUUAAGAACAGUGCCUGUGAUAUUCUCUGUUACCCAAAGGUAACACUAUAACUGAAUUAUUGAUUGACCAUCUGAUACAGUGCAUUCAUGGCAAUAAAAGUAAAUGAAACUUACAGAAAA